UUCGCAGAGAGUUGGGGUUGGAAUUAAUAGACAAGGAUAGGUCAACUUUGUAUGACAAGUUAUUUUCUAAUCGGUUGUCAGCUGUGAGAGAAUCUUUGAUGAUAGAAUCGUUUGGUUCACAGCCACCUGAAAAAUGGAUGAGUCUACCAGAUAUGGGUUACUUGAUAGCGAAUCGUUAUAAUGUUGUACUUGUCUGUUUAGGCAAUCCGUGCAUCACUUUCUUUCCGAUGACAAGUUCACAUUCACCAAAUGUCUCUAUUUAUUGCAUUGGUUUUGUUAACCAGAAUCAUUGGGUUCAGGUUAACAUGAAAGAGGGGUUUCCAUUGCCACCGGUCACAUUAGAUUGGAAGAAAUUUCGUUCUCAUAUAGCAACUACUUGGAUGCUAGGAUUUGCAGGACGUAUGCAACAUUGGCAAUUACUUACACCUGUAUUAGCAUGAUUAUGUAAUCAAAACAUAAAUAUGUAAUCAAAACAUGAAAUCUAUAUUAUUAUGUCUAUUAUAUUCAAAGCUUAAUACAUAUAAUCAAUGUGAACGAGAAA